AUGUUAAAAAAAAUCUUCGACCUCGACAGUUUCUCCGUCCAGCUGCAACGUUCAGCCAUACAAGACCAUCGAUCUCGACUCUUUCUCCCUUCCGUGGGUAUACAAAAACUCAAAUUCCAGCGCUACCGUUUAAGAAAGGCUACAUUCUCCAAGACCUCGACGAGAGACGACAUUGUGAACAAAGCAUCCAAGCCGCCAGAGCAAUCCUCGAUGUAUGGGUUUAGGUUUACUGUUUCCGCUGGAGUCAUCAGCAUUGCUUUGACUACUACUGCGGCCUUCUGGGUGGAAAUGAGAAUAAGUGAAAUGGAGGACUGGACCGAUGCUUUUGGUUUACCUUCAUACGACGACUGGAUAGAGAGACUUGGCUUCUGUGGAGGAGAUGGAGAGGAAGAAAAGGCAUAACAUUUCAGAGACAAGUUCGCCACGUUCAUGUACGAGCAGAAAUGUGGACCCGACAACCGUGGAUGGGAUGGGGAAAUUGAAGGACAAC